UUUGCAGAGCAACUUUAAUACAGAACUGGCCGGGGGACACCGAGCUGCCCAAGGAAAAAGGGCGAUCGUUGUCAGAGUGCUGGAGACCCGUGUUUCUCGUGCGCCUCGUGAUCUUGCAGUUUGUGGAAGUAUAAUACUUGGUCAUUAUGCGAUGUCGUCUCUCGGUGCCUCCUUUGUGCAAAUUAAAUUUGAUGACUUGCAGUUUUUUGAAAACUGCGGCGGAGGAAGUUUCGGGAGUGUUUAUCGAGCCAAAUGGAUAUCACAGGACAAGGAGGUGGCUGUGAAGAAGCUACUCAAAAUAGAGAAAGAGGCAGAAAUACUCAGUGUCCUCAGUCACAGAAACAUCAUCCAGUUUUAUGGAGUAGUUCUUGAACCUCCCAACUAUGGAAUCGUCACAGAAUAUGCUUCCCUGGGAUCACUGUAUGAUUACAUUAACAGCAACAGAAGUGAAGAGAUGGACAUGGAACACAUUAUGACCUGGGCCACCGAUGUAGCCAAAGGAAUGCACUAUUUACAUAUGGAAGCUCCUGUCAAGGUGAUUCACAGAGAUCUCAAAUCAAGAAACGGCCGAGUUGAAUAUAUUUUUAGGCCUCCAGAUGACUUCCUCAACAAAGUUGCCUUUUUGUGUGCCAAAUGUCAUUGUGUUCAGUGUAGGAAAAGCUGUUGUCCUGUCUCAGACCUCCUACUCUCUGAUACAUUCCUGGAUCUGGUUCUCUGGGAGAUGCUAACAAGGGAGGUCCCCUUUAAAGGUUUGGAAGGAUUACAAGUAGCUUGGCUUGUAGUGGAAAAAAACGAGAGACUAACCAUUCCGAGCAGUUGCCCCAGAAGCUUUGCUGAGCUGUUACAUCAGUGUUGGGAGGCCGAUGCCAAGAAACGGCCGUCUUUCAAGCAAAUCAUUUCAAUUCUGGAGUCCAUGUCUAAUGACACUAACCUUCCCGACCAGUGUAACUCAUUCCUGCACAACAAGGCGGAGUGGAGGUGUGAAAUUGAAGCAACUCUUGAGAGGCUGAAGAAACUAGAACGUGACCUCAGCUUUAAAGAGCAGGAGCUCAAAGAACGAGAAAGACGUCUGAAGAUGUGGGAGCAAAAACUAACGGAGCAGUCCAACACCCCGCUGCUGCCUUCCUUUGAGAUUAGCGCGUGGACCGAGGAUGACGUGUAUUUUUGGGUUCAGCACCUCGUCAGAAAAGGUGACUCUUCAGCAGAGAUGAGCGUGUACGCGAGCUUGUUUAAGGAGAACAACAUCACGGGAAAGCGGCUGCUGCUCCUGGAGGAAGAAGACUUGAAGGACAUGGGCAUUGUCUCCAAGGGGCACAUCAUUCACUUAAAGUCAGCCAUUGAGAAAUUAACCCAUGAUUAUCUAAACUUGUUUCACUUCCCACCACUAAUUAAGGACUCAGUAGGUGAACCUGAAGAAAAUGAGGAAAAAAUAGUGAACCUUGAACUUGUUUUUGGUUUUCACUUGAAGCCAGAAACAGGCCCACAGGACUGUAAGUGGAAAAUGUAUAUGGAGAUAGAUGGGGAUGAAAUUGCAAUAACCUACAUCAAAGAUGUGACAUUCAACACCAACUUACCUGAUGCAGAGAUUUUAAAGAUGACAAAGCCCCCAUUUGUAAUGGAGAAGUGGAUUGUGGGAAUAACAGAAAAUCAGACUGUAGAAUGUACUGUCACAUAUGAGAGUGAUGUUAGAACUCCCAAAAGCACUAAACAUGUUCAUUCGAUUCAGUGGAAUAGAACGAAACCUCAGGAUGAAGUGAAAGCCAUCCAACUUGCCAUUCAGCCACUAUUCCUCAACUCAGAGGGCAACCCUGGAAGCAGGUCUAACUCAAAUGCUGAUUGCCAGUGGUUGGACACCCUGCGCAUGCGGCAGAUUGCCUCCAACACUGGUUUACAACGCUCCCAGAGCAACCCUAUCCUGGGGUCACCCUUCUACCCCUACUUCAACGACCAGGAUUCCUACGCCGCUGCUGUGCGGCGGACGCAGGUGCCCAUUAAGUAUCAACAGAUCACACCCAUAAACCAGUCCAGGAGCUCCUCCCCCACCCAGUACGGGCUCCCCAGGAACUUCUCUUCUCUGCAUCUUGGCUCCAAGGACAGCGGCUUUGCCAGCCUCACGUCUGACAGCUCUUCGGAGAGGGCCCAGUACUCAGGCAGAAGUCGGAGCAAAUACGACCGCGGAUGUGUGUCGCUCAGCUCGUCUCCUCGGGGAAGGUACAGCGGGAAGAAUUCGCACUCCACGCCUUCAAGAGAGAGAUACUCUGGGAAGGUCUACCGAGUUCACCAGUCUGCGCUCAAUGCGCAUCAGUCGCCUGACAUCAGGCGAAGCCCAAAUGACCGCCACCAACGCCGGACCAUCCCAGGGAUGCCUUUGAACCCCGAGACUGACUCGGGAGCCGGCGAGGAGGAGAGCAAAGUCAGCGAAGGAGGGUGGACCAAGGUGGAAUAUCGGAAGAAGCCCCACAGGCCGUCUCCUGCCAAGACGAACAGAGAAAGAGCCCGAGGAAGCUACCGCGGGAGGAGAACCUUUUGAUGAAUUGAACUACAUGAGUUUUCUUUCCUAAGCAAGCUGUAAAAAAAAAAUAAUUUAAAAAAAAUGAAUGGGUUUUCAUAGGAUGAUGCCUUCAGAUAGACUUGACAAGAAGACAACUUUUCCAUUUUUGGGGGGGAUUUGGGGAAAACGUUCUAAUUGAAACUACUGCCAAACCAGACCCUAAAUUAUCGAUGUUGGUGGACCAAUGAUAGUAACUAGACUUAAUCACAGUGUACUUACUUUCCCCCCGGAAUUAACCUGUUCAGAGGAGGGGAUAGGCCAUUGUAUUACCCUAACCAUUGCUGGUCUGGUUAGCAAGGGCCUGGACUGGCAUGAGGUUAAGUGGGGGCACUCGUCUUAGGUGCAAAAUUUAAGGGAGCACCCAAAAGCUCAAUAGUCAAGAGAAAUAAGAUGCUAAUGCAAUACUUAAAUAAAUGAAAAUUAAUGCCAAAAAUAUGCGAUAAAAAAAUCAAAAUCCUAGAUAAAGACAGAAUCAAUAUUAAUGAUUUUUCUUUUUGUCUAAGGCUCCAAUAUGGCUUGACAAGGUGCUGUUACUGAUCUUGCCUUUAUUUAAAAUUUUGAUAUUUUGUUCCACAUGACUUUUUGGCAUUAAUUUUCUUUUUUAAAAAUAUAAUUUUUCUUGAUUAUUGAGGUGUUCCGUUUUGAGGGUUUUUUGUUGUCGUUUAAUGUCCCCUUAAAUUUUGUGCCCAAGGCAACUCACCCUAGUCUCAACACUACUGGUUAGUAUUUAUUUUAGUGAGAUAUUUGGGUUUUUAUUAUGGUCGGAGCUGGACUGACUUAGGUUGUCAUUUUUAGGCAAUAAAAAAAUGUUACUGAACUUAA